UGUGAGUUCACUCUGAGCAUUGUCGCUGGAGGGAACAGACUGACUUGGGGUCUAAACCAAAGUUCUUCUCUUCCUUCAGGAAUCCGGAUACUUGACUGAAAAUGCUUCUCUUGUUGCUUGGGAUCCUCAUCCUCCACGUCGCCAUCCUGGUUCUGCUGUUCGUCUCUACAAUUGUCAGCAGCUGGCUUGUCAGCAAUGGAUCCUACGCAGAUUUGUGGCAGAACUGCAGCGAAGGAGUCAGCAGUACCUGGAACUGUCUCUCCUCCUCAAACAAUGAGUGGCUCCAGUCAGUCCAGGCCAUGAUGAUCCUGUCCAUCAUCUUCAGCGUCCUGUCCCUAUUUCUCUUUUUCUGCCAACUCUUCACUCUUACGAAAGGCGGACGCUUCUACCUGACCGGCAUCUUCCAGCUCCUUGCAGGCAUAUGCGUGGUUGCUGGAGCAUCCAUCUUUACCGUUCGACACACGGAAUGGCAUAGGGAUCCUGCCAGCUUUGGAUAUGCCUACAUCCUGGCCUGGGUAGCCUUCCCGCUAGCCACUAUCAGCGGCAUCAUCUAUGUCAUCUUGAGGAAACGGGAAUAAUAAUCCAUGUGCCAUCAAGACUAGGAAAGCUCAAUAUAAAGUCUAAAGGGGAUCCUAAAACAAAAACAAAAAAAUAAAAUUUGAAACCAAAAAUUUCAACCCCCCCCCAUCCUUCACCAAAACAAAGAGAGAGAGUAUGGUGAGGGUGGGUCCCUGUGUUAAUUGAAGAUGUAAAUAGUAUCUAUGGUUUAAAAACCUAUUUAUAACACUUUUUACAUAUAUGUACAUAGUAUUGUUUGCUUAUUUUGACCUGUAGCCUAAAAAAAAAAAUUCGUUCAUGUCUGCCCAAAAAUUGAGUGGACAGCAACAAUCCAAAAACAUUUCAAUUUGUGUGCCUUAUGAAAAAACAUACCAACAGUCUUAAUCCAUAUCAGUGACUACCCCUUGCUCGUACAAAUAGCCAUUUGCAAAUUUUUGGGCUAAAAAAACACCAUGGCUUCUAUGCCAGGUUCAAAAUGGCCGACGCUAGAACAUUAGAGAGGCGUUUAUAGCGCAACGGCUGUCUUGAUGCUAAGUCUACAGAGCAGUUAAGUGUCCUUCGGGUCCGUCGAGAGAGGAUGAGGACCCGACUGGAACUUAUCAAGGGGGUGAAAGCCGUAGCCCGGCGGUCGGUAAGCCCUAACGGAAUGGGCAAUGAGGCUGGGCCAGCGACAGGGUCACAUUUUCAAAAUGCCAUUUUACUAUUGCACUGAGACGACAUCAAAGUACUGUGGAAGCUAUCGCUUUUUGAACAGGACAAUCAAAAAAUUUUAAUUUUAACAUUUUUUGGGGGCAUUUUGAAGAAAACAGUAAUGCAAUGAAAUAAUAAAAAUUUCAAGGUGUAAAAAAACAAAAAGUUCCUCCUUCUCGAUCAUCUUGAUUGCAUUAUUGAUUUCUACGGCAAUUUUUUUAAGUUCUGCUUUAUGGCCGAGGUUGAAUCGACCCUACACUGCCAGCGGAGCCUGCGACUCUUUGCAGCGCCAGAAAGUGGGAGGGACUUUACCAUCUGAACGUGUGCGUGUGUACCUGUUUCAAAGAAAAUUUAGGACGUGGAAAAGGACAGUCUAUGUAUAUUAUUAUUUUAACCAAUGUGCAUGUAUUAUACGUAUUAGAAAUAUAGCCAUAAAACAAGGUAGCCAAAACAAUUUACAGAAUUUUACCAAAAUUAUUUGCUUUUAAAAAAAAAUUAAAAAUUAUUAGAGAAUUUUAGAUUAUUGACUCCUGACUGAAAUUAGAAUUAGAUUCACGCCGUGUCGUUUUAACGUGGAAAACAAAGUGGUGCUAUGAUAAUUUUAUUUUUUGACCAUUCCUUCUUCUUUAACCUCUGCAUUAACUGCUGACCCAGUAACGUUUCUAGUUGUUUUCAGUUUUUUUUCUGUUUUUUGUUAUUUUUAGAAUAAAACCAUUGAACUCUGUCUAGUUCUCUAAAAGUCUAUGUGAAUAUUUAAUAAAAAAUGGCUGCUUAGA